UAUGAAUGCAUACUCGCUGCAAAAUUGAAAUUUUACACUAGUAAUCAAAGUCAGAUGAAACAAAUCGCUUCUCAUGCAUUUCAACAACUCAUAAUACACUUCAUUAAUUCCAGACACAAAAUGGAAAAUUCACGCGAACAUUCUCCAUUUUUAUGA